AUGAGGAGCCUACAGUUGAUCCUUGUGGUCUUUGUCUUACUCUCCUAUGUCCCACCAGUUAGAAGUGGACUGAAUAUUUAUAUAAAACGUAUGUUCGAUUCAUGCUGGCUAUUAAAAGGCACUUGCAGGGAAAGCUGUCAACCACGUGAAAUAUUUAACAUUUUUUGUGGUACACAAUACCUAUGCUGCAUAGACCCAGAGGACAUGCCCACUCUGUUUGUGAAGUAA